AUGCCGCUCGCGUUACGACCGCUACAGCGCCAGGCGGUGCACGAGAUGCUCAGUCUCGUCAAGAAUUCCAACAGCACGAAAUCCGCUUUCGCCUACUUGAACGACCCCGACGCGGAGGCGGAAGAGGCGAACACGUACAAGGUGCUCAUCCUGGACGCGUUCACACACGACGUGAUCGCACCGCUGGUGACGCUGAAGGAGCUGAGGGAUCACGGGGUGACGCUGCACAUGCGCCUGUCGAAGGAUCGCGAGGAGAUUCCGGACACGCCGGCGGUGUACUUCGUGAGACCGACGAUCGAGAACGUGCGGAUGAUCGCGCGAGAUUUCGAACGAGGGCUGUAUGACGUCUACCACUUGAAUUUUUCGAACGCGCUGGCGGAGAGCGCGCUGGAGGAGUUGGCGACGAGCGCGGCCAAGGCGGGCGCGGAUGAGAAAGUAGCGUGCGUGCGGGAGCAGUACUUGGGGUACGUCUCGCUCGAGGACGAUCUGUUCGAUCUCUGCUUGGACGAUGGAUACAGAUUGUUGCACGAUCCUAGGGCGAACGAGCGCGAUGUUGAGCGCAUGAUCGCGAGCGUGGCGACUGGGUUGUACAGUGCGUGCGUGACGCUCGGGCAAGUUCCUGUGAUUCGGUCUCAGCGCGGCGGCGCGGCGGAGAUGAUCGCAAAGGAGUUGGAUUCGAGAUUGAGAGAGGCGCUGAGCCAGAAAGAUAACCCGUUCGAGGGCGGAUUUCGCAUCGGGCUCGGCGGGAGCUACGUGCAGAGACCGCUGCUGUGUCUGUUUGACCGAAACUUCGACCUCACGGCUAUGCUGCAGCACGCGUGGACGUAUCAGCCGCUCGUGCACGACGUGUUAAACAUGAAGCUGAACCGCGUGGAUGUUGACGUGGACGGUCCGACAGCGGCUGUGAAUGGGGCCAAGCCGAAGAGCUACACGCUUGAGGAAUCGGAUCCAUUUUGGGCGGAAAACGCCGAGGCCCAGUUCCCAAAGGUGGCUGAGGAGGUGGAGUCUGAGCUCGCGAAAUACAAGGAAGCCAUCAAGCGUGUGAACGCGCAGGCGGCGAUGGCAGAUGACGAGGACGAUGCACUGGGCAACAGCACGGCGAAACUCGCUGAUGCGGUGCAGUCGCUUCCGGAGCUUCAAGAGAAGAAGCGCGUCAUCGACAAGCACACGAACAUCGCGACCGCGCUAUUGGGGAACAUCAAGCAGCGUGGAUUGGAUGAGUAUUAUGCCAUAGAAGAAGACUUACUCGUCGGUAAGGUUGAUAAGCCCGCGGUGAUGAGCUUACUGCAAGCCACUGGCCGCGGUAGCGCGAGCGACAAAGUUCGCCUGGCCAUUGUGUAUACGCUUUCCGCGACGGAGAGCAUGUCGCCUCAGGACGCAGAAGAGGUGGCAGGUGCGCUGCGAGCAAGCGGUGCCGAUACGGCCGGGCUUACGUAUAUUAAGCGCAUGAUGAGCCUGAACGCGAGAUUGAAGAACAUGUCUGGUGGCGCCGAAUCGGACGCCCACAGGCGCACAGACUCGAACCAGGGCAACAUCUUAGAGUGGGCUGACAAGCUCUACGGGCAGAGUAUCAACACGAUCACCAAGGGGGUGCGAAACUUGCUCAGCGGGGAACGCGUGCUUCCGGUCGCGUUCGCCUUUGAGGCGCUCAUGGCGAACCAACCUGGUCCGGAGACAUCCGAGUACGCGCACCUGGAUCCAAAGGCGCCUCUUGGCAAGCCGGUCGUCCCGCGCGCGGGCGAUCCCGCGUUUCACGAAGGUAUCUGCUUUGUCGUGGGCGGUGGCAACUACCUCGAGUACCAAUCCCUCGCCGAGCUCAAGACGCGCGAGCGCGCCAGCGUGCGCUCCGUCAUCUACGGCUCUACCGGCAUGUGCACGGGAGAGGCAUUCUUGAGUACCCUCGCCGCGCUCGGCGCCGCGAGUUAG